UCUGUGCGUAUACCAUGCGCGUCACUAGUUACCGCGCUUGUCUGCUAGUACGUUCAGCCGCACGCGACGUGAACCGACCAUGACCAGUAAUCCGCACAGCCGAGCGCUCUUCGUGAAAGCGGAUGGCGGGCCCAUGUACUUUUCCAUGGUGCCCUGCUCGGAGCGAAAGGAGAUACGCCAGCUUAUAGAAAAUGGAGGCGGCGUUCUUCUGCGGCUGGAUAAGAAUCCUGACGUCGUCCGGUUGGUGCCCACUUCAAUUACAACGACGGAAGGCCCCGAUGACGCUUUCUCUACCAUUUACAUACGUGCUUGCGUUUACAGCAACAAGCUCUUUCCUCUGAAAGAAUUCAUAUUGCCGAGAGUGUCAGCUGCGGAGACAGACGGAGAUUGCAAGGUGCGUAAACUGUGCUCCGUUCGCUCAAGACGCGAGUACACGCUUGAGGAAGAAAUUGCAAUGGCGAAGUACAUAGCGAACAAGCCCAGUGUCCGUGUACGAGGCAACGCUGUAUACAAGGAAAUGGCUGCGGCCUGUGCGGUGCCUGGCGGUCACCCAUGGCAAUCCCUGAAGCAGCAUUACCUGAAGAAAAUACUCCCGUUUAAACAUCAGUACGAGUCACCUGUCGCGAGUAAACUCGUCAAGAGACAUGCCCGCGAGGCACAAGAAGCGCGUGACGCCGCGCCGAGCGCCACUUCAGAGCGCAAGAUAGUUAACGUUGAAGACGGCAGCAGCGAUGACGAACAGUUGCCCAAGCCGCGGGGAGCGACUGACGGUGGAGUCGAAAAGAAGUCCGUUCGCCUAAGAGGCCAGUACACGCUUGGCGAACAAAUUGCGAUGGCGAAGUACAUAGCAAACAAGCCCAAUGUCCGUGUCCGUGGCAACGCGAUAUACAAGGAAAUGGCUGCGGCCUGUGCGGUGCCUGGCAAUCACCCGUGGCAGUCACUGAGGCAGCAUUACCUGAAGAAAAUACUCCCGUGGAAACGGCUGUACGAGUCACUUGGCGCGUGUGAGCUCGUUAAGAGAUACGCCCACGAGGCACAAGAAGCGCGUGACGCCUCGCCGUGCGCCACUUCAGAGCGUGGGAUAGUUCUCGUUGAAGACAGCAGCAGCGAUUACGAACAAUUUCCCAAGCCGCGGAGGGCUGCUGACGGUGAAGUGGAAAACUGGGAUACCAAAACUGAAGUUGUUGAGGAAACAGAAUGUCAAGGUGCAUCGUGUUAUUUGCAGGACUGCGACACACCCGCUGUGGGAAAACGUUCCAGUAGACAGCGCAGAAUGAAACACAAGAAGAUUUUACUGUCUGCUGCAUCUUUUUCGGGCAGUUGCAAGAAAAGCUCAAGUGAAGUGCCUCCUAGGAACAAAAGUAAUGUCCCGACAUGUGGGAAGAACAGUCACGAUGACGGCAUUGUAGACUCUGAUGAGGUUGAUGAGGUUGUUCCUAAGAAGUCUGCGAUGCCUACACCUCAAAGAGUGCACAGCAAGACUUCUAGUAUCCAAACUCAAUCUCAUCCUGGUAAGCGAAAUGAUCGUGUGGGAAUAGCAGAUUCACAAACUGCUGCAGUAGCGGAGACCAAUUCUGGAAAAAAACAUGUGCUGCAAUCAUCUCGAAGGAAGUCCAAGAAUGCAAAGCAGCAGGAGACGCCUGCUGAUGAGAGCACUCAUGUUCAUAGUAUACCAGACAGCGAUCUCUCUGGGGAGCUGUGUGUCCCAGACAUUGUUGGCAUGCAACAAACCACCCAGCCAUCACCACAAAAGAAAGUUGGCACCGCAACUUCCCAGAAGCAUACUAGUGGCCAUCUUAGCCCAUCACUGCUUUUCCAGAGUCACGACUGCACUGCCUCAUGAGUCAAUGAAUGGCAGAUGUCAUAUACCAGUAAGCUUAGGUCCUUUCGGUUGACUACAAGAAAGCAAGUGCCGAAGCCCACCGAAACUUUGACACUUGCUUGAACAUACAAUCCACAUUUUAAUCGACUACUGCUACAAAGGACAAAUGUCCUCGCGUAGAAGCCUUUAGUGGACAAAGGCCCUUGCAAUCGUUCCAGAGCAAACGGCCAAACACAGCUAGGCAGAUUGAUCUUGACGGACAUUUGGAUGAGCUGCCACAUUCGGAGUCUACUGAUGGCGUCGCGGCAACAAAGGGCUUACGUUCUUCAACCGAGUCUGUUUACCACACAGCAGAAAACGAGGGCACAUCCCAUGGCACUGAGCAUGUAGGCAAGCAUGGCAAAAAGGUACCCUCGGCACAAGAACAGCUAGCAGGGCCAGAUCCAACAGCAAUAAAAACACACAGGAAAGCAUUGCGAGUGCCUGCAUUACGUAGGAGUGAUAAAACUUCACCGCCUUCUAGUGAGAACGCACAUUUUAGCAACACUUAUCGAGCUGCAUGUUGUAAAUAUAAACCGAAGUCGACGCCAGGAAUCGGCAGUGGGACAUCGGGUUUUGACGGUGCUGAUGAUGCCCUGCUUGUGAGGACUGAAGAGCAAGCAUCUUCACUUCAUGGCUCAUCUGGGGUCAGCUCUGAAGAACAAGAUGACGCAACCACAGCUACGCUCAACGUGCAAUGGGAGCUCUCCAGGCUCCUCACCGCUCUUGGGGAAGGGAAGAGCCGGCCGCCACACACCACGUGCCCCCUGCAGUGUACGGGCAGUCGUAUCGCUCAGUGUCUUUCUGGCCUUCCACGACGCACCACUUCAGGACCAGUCAGGAGGGAUCACCGACCCCAUUGUGGCCAUGGCACUGGAAUGGGCAUUGCGCCACCAGGAACAGGGUGCCAAAGAAGGCGACAGCAGUGCUUCGCAGUGAACGUUAUUCAUAAGGCCUUAAUCUAUUGCCGCUCCAGUGAAAAGACGUGAUGCGAUGUUCUGAAAUUUGUACUGGUGACUUUGAUGACAGUGCAUCAUGAAAUUUGCCAUGUGAAGCAUCAUCAUUUGAGGAAAGAAGUGACUUAGCCUUCUGAUCUGCAUCCUUCUUUCUUCUUACUUUUUCUUCUUUCUCGUAUUGAAGUUGUCUUAAUUUAAGUUAUUAUUUUAACCUUUUAUUACUCCAAGAACAUAUUUCUUGCAGAACAAUUUGACGAGCCCUUAUUCUUGGCCAAAAAUGUUAGAAUAACGCUCUGUCUUCCAGAAAGAAAGAAAACGAGGUCAUAUUUUAUGAACUGUAUACAUGCCGUGCAUCAUAUACUUGACCAGGUGCUUUUAUUCUUAUAUGCCACAAUAAAGAAAAUUGCAUAUGUA